AUGGCUUACUGCGAUUAUCGCCUCGACCAGCAGGGGAAUCUUACGUGUCACUUUUGAGCUACCUUCUUGGUAAAAUACGAUGUUCAAUCCAAUCCAAAAUUUCGUGAAGGCAACUAGCGGAUUUUAUCUGCAUAGGCAAAAUGAUAUCAGGUUGUUUGUCCCAAAACAUCAGUCUUAGAUAUUAAGAGAUUUUUGAGCAUUAAAUUUGAUUGUCAUAGAAUAUGUAAUCUAAUAUGUGACUAAAAUCCGCAUUUAAGUUAACCCAUUUGUCUGGUAAGUAUGCUGUGAUUUAUGGGUGUUAUCACCGGUUUGUAUCUUUUUCAGGUCAGCAAAUGCAAAACCCUGGAAGGGGACGAGUUGGACCACCCGGCCCUCCAGGGAAACAAGGGCCAGCUGGACCAAAAGGAUCAAAAGGUAUACUCGGAAGGGAAAACAACAAAGAUCGAUAUGAAGGGAAAAACGAAAAUUGUAAAACGCCAACUGUGAACGCAGUAGAGGGAGAAAAUGAAACUCGUUUUGUAAUUUCAGUUUGUAUGUUCCAGUAAUUAAAUAGAAGUUAGCCGGCAGUAAAGAAGAAGUGCGGCUAUCGAUGUUAAAUUAGCAUCUCAGUUAUUUUCUGACAAAGUAUUUCUUUUGCGGUUCUUGCAGUUUAUGAUCAUGCAGUGUAUCAAUUGCAAGCAGGCCAAUUUUCAACCGCUACACGCUUGAAAGCAAAUGUGGAUUGUAAGAGCCCCAGAGGAAAAAAACACUUUUAUGGAUUCCACUUUUAAACACUAAAAUAAGUGAAAAUGUUGGGAUCGAGUGCUUAGAGCCAUUUUAUACUUUGUAGGGGAACAAGGAAAACCAGGUACCAACAAGCCAUCCCCAGGCCCUCCUGGUCCUAAAGGAGACCAGGGAGCAGUUGGGAAGACUGGAGCCCAGGGAACACAGGGUGAAAAAGGAGAAAAGGGACAGGAUGGAGCUGGAAAUUCAGGGGUGCAGUACGUUCGCUGGGGAAGGACCACAUGUCCUACUGGUGCGCAGAUAGUUUAUAAAGGUAAGCGAAGGUAUCUUACAUAAUAGUUAGUAUUGCUGCCAUGAUUCUAAAGACAAAAAGAGUGAUAAACUGAAGAUUUUUAUGCCACAUAAACUUACUAAUCAUUAUUUAAAAGUGACAACAAUGAAACUUCUCCAAGCUUGCUACAUUUACUGGUCAAUAACCUGGGCAUCUCUUUAAGUUAUCUUUUUGUUGCAUCUUUCCAGCAUAUUAACAGUUGAGUGUAACUGGUUCGUACCUGUUCAUGCAUGAGACAGACUGAAAUCUGGGUAUGAGACAACGCCCCUUGUUUUUCCUAACAAUGCGCAGUCUCACGGCCUUGGUUACGUCGAGGUCACAUGAAAAUGUAUCCCGCAAAAAGUUGGUCAUCGAUCAGACCCCUGAAUAGUGAAUUAUCACCCACGAAGCAUAAAUGAUUGCCGCUUGCUGAAAUGUAGUUUCAUAAGUUUGUACAAGUAGGCUUUUUUAUGUAUGUAAUUCUAGAGUAUUGCAUUACAUUUUUGCCUCAAAAUGUUACAUCCAUUUGUUGUCUGUGGUCUUGGUGUUUUAAGCAAUCUGAUUACUUCGCUAUCUUAAUCAGGGGCACCAGACGAGAAUAUAGUUCAAAACCACUUAAACAUAGCAUUGUUAAACGUAUUUUGGUAUUUAAACGGUAGCUAUAGGCAUAUUUUUAUCCCGUAAAAAUUUUUCAUCUGUUCGGAUUUCCUAGCUGAAAGCCUGGUGAUCCGAAAAUUAUAGGGAUCAAAACUUACCUUUUCGAAAAUUUCAGCCAGAAAAUAGGCUCCCGAAAAUUUUAGGUGACCUUUUUAGGGUAAAAAUCGGUUAAAAAUGAGCAAUUAUACCUUUUUAGAUGUCCGCAAAUCCUAGGAGAGGCAGGCAUGCAAGAAAUUUUAAAACAAAUGUUUCGAAAAUUCUAGAUCUCAAAUCGUCUUCCGAACAGAUAUUUUCCGAAAAUUGACGUUGGGUGCCCCUGCUUAAUAUUCACCUCUUAGCGAUAUUGCGUGAGCUAGAUGUUUUGCCAAUUUUUUGAGUAAGAACUAGUCAACAGAAUCCUAUGGUUGAUGUUUUUGAAGGUACGAAAAGAUUUCAAACUAUUUUAACUGCGUUUUACGAUUUACUUUUAUAGCAGAAUGCUUUCGUUUGCAACAACAGUUUACUCGUCGAGUAGAAGAUGCCAUUUUGUUAACUCAGCAUUUCCUUACAAGGGGAAUUCAGUUGCCUAGAAAUCAAAGUUAAUUUAUGACAAAAGAAAAUGAAAGCAAAUGUUCCCGAAAAUUCUUUAUUUCAAAUAACCAGUACAGAGAAAAGACACCUUGCCUCCCUCAACCGCUAGCCGCCAUUUAAUGCACUUGCGAAGAGCAGAACAGGAAAGCUUUUAAUUAAAGGGGUUGUGUCACCGCAGUCCAGUUUCUUUUGUUUAAUUUUGCGAAUUACUCGCCUUCAAUCGCUAUAGAACUUAAAAUAUGCAAUUAAUUACACGUAAAUGACAAAAUCAGAGAUCCGAGACAAACAAAUAUGUCUCCUGAGCAUUGUUUUUGAAGUUGCAAGCAGCGGGGAUCAACUUUGAAAAACUGUUCUGCUGAACAGUUUUCAAAAAUCCUAAUUUCAAUCCGUUUCAAUCUUCUUCAGUUUUGCCCAUCCGUGGCAUCUGUUGUUUCUGUUAUGUUAUAUUACCCUUCCUUUAAAGUUUUAAGUGGUUAUUUUUAUGUUUCUCUUAAUUUAACAGGCAUUUUGUAAUUUCCUAAUUUGGCUGAAUUUCGUGACACAGCUCCUUUAACUUGGCGAGUGGACAGAAUUUCAAAGAAUAAUUGUUGUUGAUAUCUUUUUUUUGCUUUGUAUCAGGUAUAAUGGGUGGAGAGCACUACACUCACCCUGGUGGUGGAGCGAACUACCUCUGCCUUCCACACAAUCCAAAGUAUGACAAGUACAAAGAUGGCAUUCAGAAUUCCGGAUACAUGUACGGCACUGAAUAUGAAGUAAAUGAUCGCGACGGAAAACAGAGAAAUCUUCACGAUCAUGAAGCACCAUGCGUUGUCUGCUUCGCCAAAUCACGUGGCUCGAUGCUGAUGAUGCCUGCCAGGAAUGACUGUCCUUCUGGAUGGACCGAGGAGUAUCAUGGGUACCUGAUGACUGCAUAUCAUAACCACAAGCAUUCAACCGAUUUCAUUUGUGUUGACGGGGAUCCAGAGUAUGUUCCUGGUACCCAUGCAAACAAGAAUGGUGCUUUGCUGUACCCUGUGGAAGGUGUUUGUGGCUCACUCCCAUGUCUUCCUUAUGUCAACGGGCGAGAGUUGACAUGCGCUGUGUGCACCAAGUGACGGGAAGAUACCUGUCACUGUGGCAUGGCUACCAUAGCGAUGAGCGACGAAAACCAAAACCUAAUGGUUAAAUCAGUAUAUAUACUUUUAACUAGACUUUAAACACACUGCGUUAUCUGUUCUGCCGGCACUAUAAGGCGCCAGAAAAGUUCGCUGUAGAUUAAUACGGGAUGUAAGCAAUAACAAUUAAAAUAAGGUGAAAACAUUGAUAAAAAAAAUGUGUUUCUUUACUUCGUUUUUCAACCGAUUCCAAGCCGAAAUCAGUAAAAAAAUCCUUGUCAGCCAGCAAGUAGCAAAGCCAAUCUUUGAUGGCCCAUGUAAACUUUAAAUAAGUCCCUGUUUUUGGAGUCCGUGAAAGGAAAAGGGCAUACAAGAGAGAAGAGAAUUUCCUCACCAGAUUUUAGCUCGCCUGACAGGCGUUAUUUGGCGGUGACGAGAUAAAGGCGCGAAGCGCGUGGCAAGGGGACACGAAUUCUCGGGGAAUCUGUGCGUCUGAUUUGUCUUCAUAAAGCCUAUAAGGCGUCUGCGCGCUGCCUGUGAACUGUGAUCCCAGGUUUGUCGAGUACACCUCACACUGCGCUCGCAAUUUACGCGCAUGAUUAAUAUAUUUGAUUGCACCUGGUAGGUAGACCGCGAGCGGUGGUCGUUCUUUCCACAGGGCCACGCGCAGCAAGUGAAAAAGUAGAAUUACCGUGAUUCAAAAGAAAACUAAGAGACUGCUCGCAGUCUACUUGGUAGGGAACGGGACGGCGAAUUUUGUAAAAACAGGUUAUCAAAUUGUUUUCAGGCGAGCUCUUGCGAUGGCUACUCAAUGGAAGAACAGCUAACAAAUGCGAGAUUAUAUCACUAUAUUUUUAGCCCAUUAAGCCCUGACAGUGAUGAACAACAAAGUUCUCGUUUGAAUACAACACAUUUUACACAUUGGUGACGAGAAUGAAGGGACAUGAUCAAAAACAAUAAAUCUAAUUAAAACUUCAACAAAUUCUCCCACUAAUAACAACAACUUUUAUUUAAACACAUGCAGUUAAAAUUGAAGCUAAUACAGUUUAUGGGGCCGUGUACAUAUUAAUUAAAAACACGCUAAUGAAAAUGCAUAAUUGUAAUUAAAAAAUCUAUACCUAAAAAGUAAAAAAGUACUCAAUUCUUGUGUUAUCCAAAAAAUAUAAAUGUAUCAGUAUUAUUAUAUUGAUUAUUAGUCAAUGAAAGACGAAAUCACUGUCAUUGAACAUAUUCAUUGCAAGGGGUGAUUCAGCUGAGAAAUUGAGAUUUUUGAGGGCUUGAGAGUUUAUGGCCAUUUUAGCGUAGGCUCUUGUGUCAGCCACGGGGGGAUCUAACAAGUUCCAAGCAUGGGAUCCCCUGUACGAGAUGGUGUUCUUCAUGUUGUACGUUUCGAAACACGAAACACUUACGCGAUGGUGAUGACACAAGUCGUACUUGUUCUUUCGCCUCUGGAUUAGACGUUCUAAGUAUGAUGGAGUCAUGCGAUGAAAUAUUUUAUAAAUUAAAGUGGCUAUCUUGGCCUUGUACAUGUCAAAUAACAAGUCCCACCUGAUCGAUUUUCGAACGUCUACAGAGGGUAAGUCUCGGGGCAGGUUAUAUAUGACUCAAGCAGCUCUGCCACGUAUAGAUUCCAAAGCAUUGACUUCAUUCUUAUUGGUGGCACACCCCCAAUUGGUAGCGCCAGACCGCUUAUUUGUAGCGUAAGACCACUUAUUCUGAAGAAAACGUGUAGAGACAACAAAUGGAUAAAGUAUGGAAUAUUUUUUGAAGUAUAGCUACCAUACUUUACUUUGGAGAUUGGAAUCGGCGUUUUCUCCAGUCCAUGAUAUCGCAUGAAAAUUUAAAAACGCACAAACUUGUCACCCAGCUUACUGUUUGUUGACUGUCCACCCAGUUUACUACUCGCCCCUUGCCAGUGCCUUCUCGUUUUGCGAAGCCAUGAUGUUCCAUCGAGCAUCAAAUUCUCCAGUUUUGCACUGUUAAAGAUGUUAAAGUUUAUAUCUCGUUUUAGAAGUAACCCUUUGGUCGGUGGAAAUUGCCUCAAGGUCAGUGAAAUGAAAGGAAAUUUUACAUGAAACAUGAAUUUUACAUUCAAGUUAUAAAUUGCUCUCUGAAAUUUCUAAGUGAAAGCAGCAAGCUUUGUGAGGUUAAUGUUAUCGGUAAAAAUGCCUGGUUUAUUCAGUUCUUCUCUUUUACUAUUUUCACUAAACUCGAAGCACUACUCAAUAACUUCAAGUCUAAUUAUUUUUUAGACAAAGGGGAAACAAUUGAGGUAAGAUUUUACAAACAAAUUGACGGUUCUUAGUAUAAAGUGUUUGGAGCGUAGUUUAACAGUCGUUAAAGUUUUUAUAAACUCAAGAUUAAAUGAUAUCUUUUCGUUUUUUCGUGGGCAUCCAGGUUUGGGCUCAACUUAUUCCUGAACCAUGGGAGCCACGGGAGGAAAACCGUGUAACUAUAAGUAUAAAUCCUUCAGAUACAAUAGAAAGGGACUUUUAUAGCUAGUGAAAAACAACAUAAACUUUCAGCUUGAGCGAGCCAAAGCGAAAACAGUCUGAAUCAGAACUGUGUCGAUGUUGUGGUUCAAAGUUUUCUUUGCUUUGAUAAUUUUCAAAACAGCUUAAAGUUUGUCACAAUAUGAAUCAGCUAACUUCAUACUUAGGAAGGUUAGGUGGGCAGAUGUUUACCAGAACCUGAUACUGAUACACUUUUACUUAGAUCGAUUGUGGUCAUCAAUUUAAGGGAAAGGAAGGAAAAAUAACAGCUGAUCGAAAAAUGUGCCAAGGAAAAAUUGAGCUUAGGCAGAAAAUUAUUUUUCAAGUGGAGGAAUAAACUGUGGUCGGGGGUUGAGUAUGAAAAUAAUGUGAAGCAUUGUCAGUCCCAAGCACUGAUGUUGUUUAUUAAUUAUUUCAACAGCAAAGAUGUUUUUGCAUGUACCAAUUAACUAUUCGGGUUGUGAAUUCUAAAUCAUUCUUAAUAAUAUAGAACACCCUUAAGUUCUAAACAUUGCAUUCAUGACUUUCAAGACAUGAAUUUAGAUGUUAGAGCUGCAGAUUCCAACUUCAAUCAGGCAGAAAUUUGAGAUAGUAAUUCUGGCUGGCAUUAAAGUAAGCAAGGUUUUAUUCCUCUAGAUCAAAAACUUGACUGUCCCUCAAAGACUUUUGUCAUCUGUUAUGAAACCAAUUGUUUUUCCCUAUAUGCUGUACCAGUAAAGAUGAUAAAUUUGUCAUUAGCAUAUACAUACUUUGUUAAUUAAUUUCAUGGCAGCCUUUCAAAUACUGAGUAUCUAACAUUCAACUUGAGGAGCUGGGAAACAUCUUAAAAAAAAACAAGGAACAGGAGUUAUCUCUAGAAAUGUUGUAACUUAAAGUACAAAACAUUUAUAUGGCAGCUCAUAAUAAUAUUGUUAUUGUUGUUGGAUUACAAAAAUAACUCGCCGUCCCAACUGGGCUAGCCUGCGUCGCAGGACACUCUAAACCGCCUGGAUAACUAACAGUGUGUAUAUAGGGUGUAGUUGCCGAGUUGUACUAAAUGGAUUGUAGUAACAGAGGAAGAUCAUUUCCAGGAUUCUAAUCCCUAGUCCCCCGGAGAGACAGAGAACGAAAAAUCAAAAAUUUACUUGAGAGGAAUAUGAUUUAUACGAAAGAAAAGAGCCGAUCUUGAUCAAUUCCCUCCUGUCUUUGAACAUUACACGUGGCCAUGUCCUUCAAAGGUAAAUUCCGCUGUUAGUAUUCAGCCUAGUUUCUGUAGUUUGAUUCAGGUUCCUUUAAUUCAGCAAAUACAGGGAAUCCUGCUUCAACCCAAGAGAGGAUUUUACCUUCGACAGCCGCACCAAAGUUGAGUCUUCUCAGAGUAAAUUUUAGAUCCGUUUACACACAAAAGAACUCCGACUCAUUAAUACUCGUUCAAAGCUGUGUUAAUUGAAUGAUUUUCUUUGUUUGCCACUUAGCCGAGAUGAAUCAUGUCAAUGACUGUGUUUUUAAACACAGCUUGUUGCUUAAAAGCAACAAGCUCUCUCUCUCUCUCUGGGGUAAAUCAUGAAAGAGGCCUUCAAAGGAGGGUAUGCUAUGGCUUUGUUUGUCAUUCCUGAAGCUGCCUGCUGUCGUCUUGUAGGUUAGGAAAAAAUAUCGCUGUCCCCGAAAGUCGCUAGGGCAGAAAGUCGCUGUCGAUUGGCAUAAAUUUCUGUGAUACUCAAUUUCAGAUUUACGGCAGAUAUACAAAAGUCAGGAUAAAGAGCCACAAGAGAACAAAUUUUAUUAUAAACUUUCUCCCGCGAUGAAUGAAAAGUUACGGACAUGCAUUCUCGCCCGAGCCCGAAUGGAGAGCUUGAAACCUCACUAUCAAAAAAAUUUCCGGAGGCUCAAAUAAAUAAGCUUAACAUGCAAAUUUAGUAACAGAUUUGACAUUAUAUAGUAGCCGGCAGAAGUAAAGAUAUACUCGGUACGGAUUCCAAUACUUAACUUAACCUCCACUUUCAAACGCUACCCGUCGAUUCAGACUUGGUCAGGCUUCUUGUGUAGCAAAAUGCUUCAUCUUGCUCUGAAACAUUUUGUCCGUAUACGACGUCUCCAAACUUAAUGUGACUGUACAGGUAAUGUAGGAGAUUGUUUACUUAUUGUCCUUGCAUAUUUAAGUCGGUUGCAAGCUUGGAUGACCUUGGAUAUUACGUCACAAGCGAGAAAAAUUUCUCGUCCGCAUUUUUCUACCAUCCGAGCUCCGAUAUUGACUUCAUCGUAACACCUUUUUGUGGAGG